CAGAGUCAAAGCAGCAGUCCGUCUUAUAAAGUUUGACUCCACGUUGGAAGUAGAUUGCGAGAGCGAAAACAGGGCCGGGACGGUCCUCGAUCAAGUUUCGGAAACCUUUUUGUUUGAUGAUAAUUGAGAUUCUGUGAUAUUCCGGUGCGCCGACAGAGAGUUCUCUACAGUUACCAACAUAUGGUGCGCGUUACGCACGGAUUUCAAGAACUUGCCGAUAGAUCUGUAACGUCGACGUAUCACUGGAUAUUGACUAGGAAAAGAUCAAACUGAUCAAAGAAAACAUCAGAAGACGAUUGGUUUCCAUAUCUACUCCCGGACAGAGGAAUCCGACAGUCGGACAGGAGUGUUUCCAUCUUCCGAAAGUGAGAAGUUCACACCAGUCAAUAUGGAAGCCACAUUCUAUGACGAGUCUCUCAACACACCCAUGCCCCCACAACAAAAAAAUGUGGGUUGUGGAUAUAAUGCCAAGGCGCUGAAGCGGAACAUGACCCUGGAUCUUAAUGAUCCUAUGAAACAUUUAAAACCGCACCUGCGCGCCAAGGCAAUGGACAUACUGACAUCACCAGACGUCGGGUUGCUUAAACUGACGUCGCCGGAAUUGGAGCGCUUGAUUGUACAGUCUUGCAACAGUUUGACAACGCCGACCCCAUCUCAAUUCGUGUGUUCCAAGAAUGCCACAGACGAGCAGGAGGGUUUUGCUGAAGGCUUUAUCAAAGCACUCGAGGAGCUACACCAUCAGCAGCACAUGCCAGUGGCGUACCCAGUGGGCCAAGGGAUGCCAGCAUCCACGGAUAUGACACCUUUGACCUCAGAUCAGGGAAAUUCAUCCUUAACAAGUGCUGUGCGAGUGGACCCACCAGAAUACUCAAGCCUGAACUCACUCGGCCGCGCACCUGCGUACGCCGAGUCCAACUCCUCUGGGAGUUACCCAGCGAUGUCCCAGCAAAGCGAACCAGGCCCGCGACUGUCAUGCCAACACCCACUACAGCAGGGAUACAAAGAGGAGCCACAGCGUGUUCCUGAUAUGAACAGCGAUACCCCUCCCUUGUCUCCGAUUGACAUGGAGAAUCAGGAGAGGAUAAAAGCGGAGAGAAAGCGCAUGAGGAACAGGGUCGCUGCGUCCAAGUGCCGGAAAAGAAAGCUUGAGCGACUAUCAAGAUUGGAGGAGAAAGUCAAAUUCCUGAAAACGCAGAACACAGAGUUGUGUUCAACAGCUAACAUACUGCGAGACGAGGUAGCGCAGCUCAAGCUAAGGGUCAUGGAUCAUGUAAACAGCGGCUGUCACCUCAUGUUGACGCAGCGAAUAAAAGCUUUCUGAGGGGGGCUGUGAACAUUUGAAUGGACCUGGACAGUUCUUGAUAUAGCCAAGGAUUUAACUUAGCACUUAAGACAAAAAAAGAUGUUCAGCACAUAGUUUGAGUUCCCACACUAUCCAUGGCAUGAGAAAGACUGGAUUGGGUGUAUUCCCUUGAACAUUUGACCUUGUCACCAGCAAACUUCUGCAAUAGGCACUCUGUUUUCCCAAAAUGUGGUUUACAAAAAAACAAAAAAAAACCCUAACCACAAGAAGAGCCGAUUCGUUUUUGAUUGUACACAUUUCAUGCUGAGUUGGUCUUUUGGAACUGAUUCUCCUGCAAGCUGAAAUUUUGUUUACAAUUUUGUUAAUGAAAUAAUUUGACACUGAACUCUUUCAUAUUUGCAUUUAGUAUUUUCAAAUAGUUUCCUACUAGCUCAGUGUAAAUCUGUAAAUAACUUGUCUUGUUUUUGUAAAUGUUAAUCACUACUAUUGCAAUACUUUAAAUGUAUUAGAUUGUGUUCAAAUAUUAAAGCAUAAAAUAAAGCUUUAAUGGACUGUUAAAAUGAA